CUGGCAAAGCACACUUUCACUUUCAUAAUGACACUUCCUGUUUUUAUUUCGACACAACAAACUGAAACAACCUGGGAAGCUGAAGAUAUAUACCUGCGUUUAAAUUGCCUAAAAUAAGAUGUCGGCUUCGUGUGAAACAUUUCCGAUGUUUUUGCUUGACGGUGGUAUUCCUAAGGUUUCAGAAACAGAUUCUGAAGAUGACAGCGAUUCAGCUUCUAACUCGGAUACUGACUACGAAUUCCCAGAACCAACAACGUUUCCAAUCUCGGCCACAAGCUUUCCAGGACCAAGACGUGUAAAGGUGACAGAAUUUCGACCAGUAAUACACCAGGAGGGUUACACCACAACCUACAGAAUUAGAGUUGGUGGUGGCACACAAGAAAAAUGACAAUAUUGAAGUUAUUAAACCCAUCAAAGUGACGAAAACUCACAUCAAAAUAAAGGUCAAAGAAAUGUCUCUCUUUGGUCUGUUAAGAAGAAAGAAGAAAUCUAAAAUCAGAGCGCUGGUUCUUCUGUUUCUCAGCAAACUUGUGACAAGAAAAGCGUUAGAUGUGCACUUGCUCCCCUCAAACGUUGUUCUGGAUGAAGUUAAAAAGAAACAGGAAAAUGGGACUUUCCUUCGAAUGCCUGCUGAAUGUGUUAUAAUGGAGGGUGAAACAUACAACAUUUCAUGUGACCUUGAAGAGGCACGGGUUCAACCGAAACAACAUGUUUAUUAUAGAGACUACAAUCAGAACUUCCUCCCAACAUUUCAGAUCAUUUUGAACGAUGAUGUGAUUGACCUGGAGCUACAGCUUUUCAAAAGCAGUGACAAAAACACAGCAAUCUGGUCUCGCUGGGUACCCAUUGAUGUCUGCAGAUCGUCACAACCGCCUGUUCAGAGGCUGAUGGCGAUGAGGAAGGACUUCAUUGAGGGGGUGAACGUCUCUGUCAUCGGAAGCCUGCUGGAUGACUUGCUGCAGAUCAGAGUGUUGAACGAUAGCGAGGUGGAGGCAGUGAAGCAGGGGGAGACCUGCACCAGUGCCAAGGCUCGCAACCUGAUCGACAUGGUGAAAGAGAUGCACAAAGGCCGUAUUUUCAUUGAGACAAGUUCACAAUGUCGUCUUUUGGAAGAUAAAAAGUACAGCGUUUCAUGUGACCUGGAAUCUGUUCAUAUUCAACCAGAUGUAAGCGAAGCUGCACUCAGCUGAUUGUGUGUGUGUGUGUGUGUCUCUGUUCAUAUUCAACCAGAUGUAAGGGAAGCUGUACUCAGCUGAUUAAAACAUGUUUGUGUGUCUGUGUGUGUGUGUGUGUCUCUGUUCAUAUUCAAGCAGAUGUAAGCGAAGCUGUACUCAGCUGAUUAAAACAUGUGUGUCUGUGUGUGUCUCUGUGUGUGUGUGUGUCUCUGUGUGUGUCUCUGUGU